CCGUCGGACCCUUCUUCGGAAAGAUCUUUCGGACUCCAGAGGGCGGAUCCUGGAGUCCCAGCCCUCUUUGGGGGACGUAUCGGUGGGGCAGUUCUGUCCGGUUAGGCCUAUCCUGGCUAAACCUAAAAGGAACGGGUUGGGGCUUGGGACGCGCUUUGCUCAGGCAGCGUUUGGGACAGCCCCAAUAGAGUCCUCCAGGGGCCUUCCUCCCUUUGAACUGCGGUGGCGGGCCGCCUCACUGUCUCCUGCACCCCUCAGAGUAGGGGCCGCCAUCACCAUGGCCCCGGCUGCUAGUCGGCCGUGCGACGGCGGGUCGCGGGACAUUCUGUGGCGCGUUUUGGGCUGGAGGAUAGUUGCAAGUAUUGUGUGGUCAGUGCUGCUGCUGCCCGUCUGUACCACAGUAUUUAUAAUCUUCAGCAGCAUUGAUUUACUUCAUCCUAUACAGUGGCUGGCUGAUUCUUUCAAUGAUCUCUAUAGUUCAUAUGUAAUCUUUUACCUCCUGCUGCUGUCUGUAGUAAUAGUAAUAAUAAGUAUUUUCAAUGUGGAGUUCUAUACAGUUGUGCCUUCCAUUCCCUGCUCCAGACUGGCCCUGAUAGGGAAGGUCAUUCAUCCUCAGCAGCUCAUGCACUCAUUUAUUCAUGCUGCAAUGGGAAUGAUGACGGCUUGGUGUGCAGCAGUGAUAACCAAGAGUCGAUACAGUUUCCUUGUGGUUUCCUGCACUAGUACUGAGAGUGUAGACAGCCCUGCUGCACCCACCUGCAUAAAUGAGUAUCACCUUUUUUUCCUAUUGGCUGGAGCAUUCAUGGGCUAUAGCUAUAGCCUCCUGUAUUUUAUUAACAACAUGAACUAUCUUCCCUUUCCCAUCAUACAGCAGUACAAGUUCUUGCGCUUCAGGAGAUCUCUGCCCUUGCUAGUUAAGCAUAGUUGUGUAGAAUCACUGUUCCUAACUAGAAAUUUCUGCAUUGUGUAUUAUUUCCUAGGCCAUAUUCCCAAAACUUGGAUUAGCACCGCAAUGGACCUUCAUAUAGAUGAGCAGUUUCACAGGCCUCUUGACACUGUGAGUGGCCUCUUGAAUCUCUCAUUACUUUACCAUGUCUGGCUAUGUGGUGUCUUUCUCCUGAUGACUUGGUAUACCUCAUGGGUUCUCUUCAAAAUCAGUGUCACAGAGGCUCAUCUGUUCCCUGUUCAACCACCAUUUUCAGGAGAGUCUGAUGAAUGCCUCCCGAAAGUUUUAAACAGCAAUCCUCCCCUCAUCAUAAAGUAUUUGGCCUUGCAGGACCUGAUGUUGCUUUCUCAGUAUUCUCCUUCACGAAGACAAGAAGUUUUUAGCCUUAGCCAACCAGGUGGACAUCCCCACAACUGGACAGCCAUUUCAAGGGAGUGUUUGAAUCUUUUAAAUGAUAUGACUCAGAAAUUGGUUCUCUACCAAGAAGCUGCUGCUACUAAUGGGAGAGUGAUGUCUUCCUCAUACCCAAUGGAACCUAAGAAAUCAAAUUCUCCAGAAGAAACUACUUUUCAGACCCCCAUAUCUAGCCAGAUGCCUCGCCCAUCAAUGCCACCAUUAGUUAAGACAUCACUGUUUUCCUCAAAAUUAUCUACACCUGAUGUUGCAAGUCCUCUUGGAACCCCAUUUAGCUCUAGUGUAGUAAAUCGAAUGGCUGGAAUUUUUGAUGUAAACACUUGUUAUGGGUCACCCCAAAGUCCUCAGCUAAUAAGAAGAGGACCAAGACUAUGGACUUCUGCUUCUGAUCAGCAAAUGACUGAAUUUUCUAAUCCUUCUCCAUCUACCUCUGUUAACGCUAAGGGUAAGACAGUGAGACAGCCCAGUGUGAUUUAUUCAUGGAUUGAGAAUAAACGUGACCAGAUAAAGAAUUUUUUAUCAAAACGGGUGCUGAUAAUGUAUUUUUUCAGUAAGCACCCAGAGACCUCCAUUCAGGCUGUUUUUUCAGAUGCCCAAAUGCAUAUUUGGGCAUUAGAAGGUCUGUCUCACUUAGUAGCAGCUUCAUUUACAGAAGAUAGAUUUGGAGUUGUCCAGACUACACUACCAACUAUUCUUGAUACUUUGUUGACACUGCAAGAGGCAGUUGACAAGUACUUCAAGCUUCCUCAUGCUUCCAGUAAACCACCUCGGAUUUCAGGAAGCCUUGUGGACACUUCUUACAAAACAUUAAGAUUUGCAUUUAGAGCAUCUCUAAAAACUGCCAUCUAUCGAAUAACUACUACAUUUGGUGAACAUCUGAAUGCUGUGCAAGCAUCUGCAGAACAUCAGAAAAGACUUCAACAGUUCUUGGAGUUCAAAGAAUAGUUAAGUAAUAUAAACUGUGUUCAUUACACUGCUGAUACAACUACAGAUGGGACAGUAAAUGUUCAGCAUUCUUGGAUCAGAAGAAAAUGGACUAAUUAGAUGCUUCCUUUGUCGUGGUGGUUGCUUUGAAAACUAUACUUUAAUGGGAGAAAUCAUGGAAAGAAAUUCUGAACAGAGUAACCGAAAACUGCCUUUUUUGUACUGAUUGCUUUUUGUAUGUGUGGUAUAAUAAAAUCUUUAUUCGAUUUUACAAAAGCAUCUGUGGCAGUAGAAAUGUCUCUAGCUUAUAUAACUUAAUAAUAAUAAUAGAAAAUGUUCAGAAUUUACUUUGGAGAGGAAUAGAACCAGUUCAGAAGGUAAAAUAGGUAGACUUGAUCCAGUCUUCCUAAUUGUUCUGAGAGUUUAGUUCAGUGUAAAUUUGAAAUAUGUAAACUUUAGUUUCUGUUUACUGAAAGAUAAAAAUGGUAACGGUGGAGGAAAAUUCACAGAAAAAUUAUUGUCUAAAGGACAUAUUUUGUUAAUCUCUUAGGUUAUGGUUUUAUUCCAGGAACAAAUUAAAUUUGAUUGUCCAAAAAAAGUCUCAAUUUACAGAUGCUAACUGUAUAUAAAGGAAUGUGGAAAAAUUCAGUUCUUACAUUAUAAGGUUAAACAUUCACAUUUGGUUUUUGAAAGACAAUUGAGUGACAUCUAUGAAUUUGUUUUGUAUCAUGCUAGUGAACAGUAAGUAUAUGGAUAUUUUUCCAACUAGUUUUGCUUUCUUUUCCUGGAACAAAACAUUAAGUGAUUGCAGAGUUUUUCAAAUGAGAGAAAAAGAUUUUUCAAGAAAAACAGGAAAAUUUCCUUUUUUCCCCCACCUUUCAUCCUCAUUAGAUCAAAUUAUUUUGUGUAGUUUGUUUGGCCUCAGAGGGAGCAGCCUUUGCUGUGUUAACUGGCUAAUAAAAAUAUAUUAGGAAAAUCUUUGCAGCCAGAAACAACUUAGUCAUCAAAUAGCAAGUGAAACCAAAACAUCAGAGAGACUAGUUUACUUGGGAAUAUGUUAUAUGUCCCAAAAGUGAGCAAGGUAAUAAUAUCGUUUAUUAGAUCAACUUCUGUGGAGAUGAAAGAUUGGAAAUCCUAGUGGUAGACAGUCACCGGACAAGCUUUGGAUUAUAAUGCUCACUGGUAAUUAUUUUACUGUUAUCUUUUCCCAUUGGUGUCCCCCCAGUUUUUCUUUAUAGGCAGUGCACUAUUGUAUAUUAAUUUUUAAUGUGAUAUAUAUAUCUACUAUUUGACUACUUGAUGUAUUAUAUCUUUAUUCCUUUUAUUUGUUGCCCCUUCAACCACCACAUGCCAAAAUAUAAAUGAGUCCUGCUGGACUUUAAA